AGGAAGCUCCUGCUCUCCGCUGCCCAUGUUGCUUCUGUGCAAACAAAUGCAGCCUCCCUGUGCCGGCGGAUCAUUGUGUGUGCAGGAUUAGUGAAUGAGCUUAUUGGUAGAGGAGUGCAAGGCUGGAAGUGUGCGGAGCAAUUCUACCUCCUCAGUCACAGCAGGGUCCAGCGCCUGUAUCUCCUCCUCCUUUUCCAAGUGUUUGGCUGCUGAGCUGAGCCAAGUCCCACAGUGAGAACUGCCAGUGACAGAAUAGGGCUGGGCUCAUCAGUGCAGUGCUUGUGGGACUACUGAAUUACACCGAGGAGUAUCUCUCCCCCCAACUGCACACCUACAUCCCAGGGAAUACACGGCCUGCUGUGGAAACUAAAAAAAGGAACAUAAGAAAUGACUGAGGUUGAGCUAUAGGUUGUAAAGGCUGCCGCUGCAGUUCCCUGGAAUAUCCACAGCCUCCAAAAGUCAUCAGAGAAAUCACAUUGCCUGACCCUCCCUAAGGACAAGUUUGUGGACCACUUUGCAGUAGCCUCGCCGUCUCUUUCUGCAGCUUUUUUUGGGGAUUCCAGGAUGGUAACCAGGAGCUGCCAUUUAUUUGACACCGCCAUCAGGAUAUGUGGUGCCCUGUGAAGCAGUUUUGGGGAUCAUUCAUGGAUCGUAGAGUACUGAGGACUAGAUGUAUCUAUGAAGGAUCGGUGGGCUUACAGGUUUCUUUCUGGGCUCUGUCACCUUAAGGAAAGAUAAAGUUUUCUACUUAUUGCCAGUCCCCCCUGACUACCCUGCUCCCCCACUGUUGGAUUUGGGAUUUCUCCUACAUUGGGAAACAUGGGCUUUCUGGUGGCUCCCCUGCUGUGUGGAUUGUUGUGCUGUCAGGUUUGGGGAUCCCGCCUCCGUCAAGAAGAUUUCCCCCCGCGAAUAGUUGAGCAUCCAUCGGAUGUUAUUGUAUCAAAGGGAGAACCAACUACCUUGAACUGCAAAGCGGAAGGGCGGCCUACACCCACCAUAGAGUGGUACAAAGACUUAGAAAGGGUUGAAACUGACAAGGAUGACCCCCGCUCACAUAGAAUGCUACUGCCAAGUGGAUCUUUAUUUUUUUUGCGCAUUAUCCACGGCCGCAAGUUUAAGCCAGACGAAGGAAGUUAUGUCUGUGUGGCAAGGAACUAUCUUGGAGAGGCUAUGAGUCGAAAUGCAUCUCUGGAAGUAGCAUUGCUCCGUGACGACUUCCGGCUCAACCCUACAGAUGUUGUUGUGGCAGCCGGGGAACCUGCAAUUUUGGAGUGUCAGCCCCCCAGAGGACAUCCUGAACCAACCAUAUACUGGAAAAAAGACAAAGUUCGAAUAGAUGAUAAAGAUGAAAGAAUUAGUAUUCGAGGAGGAAAGCUGAUGCUCUCCAAUACAAGGAAAAGUGAUGCAGGCAUGUACACUUGUGUUGGGACCAACAUGGUUGGAGAAAGAGAUAGUGACCCAGCAGAGCUAACAGUCUUUGAACGCCCCACAUUCCUCAGAAGGCCAAUUAAUCAAGUUGUUUUAGAGGAUGAAGCUGUAGAAUUUCGAUGUCAGGUCCAGGGGGACCCACAGCCAACUGUCCGGUGGAAAAAAGACGAUGCAGAUUUGCCAAGAGGAAGAUACGACAUCAAGGAUGACUAUACUUUGAGGAUUAAGAAGGCUUCCGGCAGCGAUGAAGGGACCUUUACAUGUAUUUCUGAAAACCGGGUUGGGAAAAUAGAAGCUUCAGCCACACUUACAGUGAGAGUUCGCCCUGUUGCUCCUCCCCAGUUUGUAGUCAGACCACGGGACCAGAUAGUGGCACAAGGUCGGACAGUAACGUUUGGAUGUGAAGCUAAAGGAAAUCCUCAACCAGCUGUUUUUUGGCAAAAGGAAGGAAGCCAGAAUUUACUUUUUCCAAAUCAGCCUCUUCAGCCCAACAGCAGGUACUCAGUGUCACCAACUGGAGAGUUAACCAUCACCAGCAUUCAGCGUUCAGACGCCGGCUAUUACAUUUGUCAGGCGCUGACUGUUGCUGGAAGCAUUCUGGCCAAAGCCCAGCUGGAAGUGACUGAUGUUUUGACAGAUAGACCACCACCAAUAAUUCUGCAGGGUCCAGCCAAUCAAACUCUAGCAGUUGAUGGAACAGCACUGCUGAAAUGUAAAACUACAGGGGAACCAAUGCCAGUCAUAAGUUGGUUAAAGGAGGGAUACAAGGGAUUCAUAGGGCGAGAUACAAGAUUAUCCAUUCAAGAUCAAGGGACAUUGCAAAUUAAAGGUUUAAAGGUUACGGAUUCUGGCACCUACACUUGUGUGGCUACUAGCUCUAGUGGUGAGACAACAUGGAGUGCUGUUCUGGAAGUGACAGAAUCCGGUGGUGCAAUAAUUAGCAAGAACUAUGAUUUCAAUGACCUUCCUGGACCUCCAUCAAAACCUCAGGUUACAGAUGUCAGUAAGAACAGUGUUACACUCUCAUGGCAAAUGGGAUCACCAGGGAUUCUGCCUGUGGCGUCCUAUGUCAUUGAGGCCUUCAGUCAAUCUGUCAGCAAUAGUUGGCAAACUGUGGCCAAUCAUGUGAAGACAACUAUUUACACUGUUAAAGGACUGCGCCCAAACACAAUAUAUCUCUUUAUGGUGAGAGCUAUCAAUGCUGAAGGACUUAGCGACCCAAGUCCAAUAUCAGAUCCAGUGCGUACACAAGAUAUAAGCCCGCCGGUUCAAGGAGUAGAUCAUCGGCAAGUGCAGAAAGAACUUGGAGAUGUCAUUGUACGGUUGCAUAAUCCAGUUGUUCUGACACCAACAACUAUCCAGGUCACCUGGACGGUCGACCGACAAUCCCAGUUUAUCCAGGGAUACAGGCUAAUUUACCGUCAGACUUCUGGUCUGCAGACUCCAUCUGCGUGGCAGAGCUUAGAGGUCAAAGUGCCUGCAGAGCGUAGCGCAGUGCUAACCAACCUGAAAAAAGGAAUUACUUAUGAGAUUAAGGUUCGACCUUAUUUUAAUGAAUUUCAAGGAAUGGAUAGUGAGUCAAAGUCAGCCCGGACAACUGAAGAAGCCCCAAGUGCUCCUCCACAGUCUGUUACUGUUAUGACAGUGGGAAAUAACAACAGCACCAGUAUCAGCAUCUCAUGGGACCCCCCUCUGCCUGACCACCAGAAUGGACUUAUUCAGGACUACAGGAUCUGGUGUCUGGGUAAUGAGACACGGUUUCAUAUCAACAAGACAGUGGAUGCUGCUAUUCGUUCAGUGGUUAUUGGUGGACUAUUUCCCGGAAUUCAGUACUGUGUUGAAGUUGCAGCAAGUACAGGUGCAGGCACUGGGGUAAAAAGUGCCCCCCAGCACAUACAGAUAGGAAAUCGCAAUGAAGUUGUGAUCACCGAGAACAACAACAGCAUAACAGAGCAGAUAACUGAUGUUGUAAAACAGCCGGCAUUCAUUGCAGGAAUUGGCGGUGCCUGUUGGGUAAUUCUCAUGGGCUUUAGCAUUUGGCUUUACUGGAGAAGAAAGAAGAGGAAGGGUCUCAGCAACUAUGCCGUUCAGUCUUUCACCUUUACCCCUGCAGAUUCCCCAGAUACAACCAUGCACCACAAGGUUGCACUUGGCACAAAGAAGGGGAGCUGGCACAAAACAGUCACAUUCCAGAGAGGAGAUGGGGGGCUAAUGAGUAAUGGAAGCCGUCCUGGGCUUUUAAAUGCAAAUGAUCCAAGUUACCCUUGGCUGGCAGACUCCUGGCCAGCUUCCAGCAUGCCCGUGAAUAGCAGCAGCAAUGGACCAAAUGAUCUUGUUAAUUUUAGUUGUGGAGAUGUGUUGCCAACAGUUCCAGGUCAAGGAGAGAAAACAGCCACUAUGCUUUCUGAUGGAGCCAUUUACAGCAGCAUUGAUUUUACCACAAAAUCUAGCUAUAACUGCCCAGGACAAAUCACACAAACCACGCCAUAUGCUACUACGCAGAUACUACAUUCCAAUAGCAUUCAUGAGCUGGCAGUUGACUUGCCUGACCCACAGUGGAAAACCUCCAUUCAGCAGAAGUCUGAUCUCACUGGAAUGGGCUAUUGCAUUACUGACCAAGGCAAAGGAAGUAAUGCCUUACUUUACAUCCCUGACUAUCGAAUGGCUGAGGGAUUGUCAAAUAGAAUACCCCACAACCAGUCACAGGAUUUCAGCACCACCAGCUCUCACAACAGCUCAGAGAGAAGUGGCAGUCUUUCAGGUGGAAAAGAGGGAAAAAAGAAGAAAAAUAAAAACAGCUCUAAAGUUCCUAAAAACAAUGGAUCCAACUGGGCCAAUGUUCCUCUACCACCUCCUCCAAUACAGCCACUGCCAGGCACUGAAAUAGAACAUUAUGUCAUUGAUCACCAGGAAACAGGCUAUGACAGCAAUGGAUGGUGCCCACCUUUGCCAGUACAAACCUACUUACAUCAAGGAUCAGAUGAUGAACUUGAAGAAGAUGAUAGAGUUCCAACACCUCCUGUCCGAGGGGUGGCAUCUUCACCCGCCAUCUCGUUUGGACAACAAUCAACAGCAACACUCACACCAUCACCACGUGAAGAAAUGCAGCCCAUGCUUCAGGCCCACCUGGAGGAAUUGACAAGAGCUUAUCAGUUUGACAUUGCGAAACAAGCUUGGCAUUUACAGAGCAAUAACCAGCCUCCAUUGGCCCCAGUUCCACCACUUGGAUAUGUGUCUGGGACAUUUAUUUCUGAAUUAGAAAAAGAUAUUCCAGAUCAAGAAGAAUAUGAAAUUGAAGAUGAAUCUUUAGAAAUAACAAGGCCACUCCGAGGUUUGGAACACACUCCAGGUUCUAGCAUGGAUAAUCUUGACAGUUCUGUGACAGGCAAAAUGAACUCUUUUUCUCAGAGACCACGGCCAGCCAGUCCCUUUUCUACUGACAGUAACACAGCUGGGAAUCACAGUCAGAAGUCACGGCCCACUAAGAAACACAAGGGAGGCAGAAUAGAUCAGCAACCCAUGCUUCGCAGAGAAGGGAUUGCAGAUGAUUUGCCUCCCCCUCCUGAUCCUCCACCUUGUCAAAGCUUAAGACAGCAAGUAGUACCCAAUCAACGUGGUGGAGGUCCAACAGAAAGAAAAGCAAGUUCUCUUGAGAGGCACACAUCAAAUAUGAAUGAUGCAAAAACUUCAUUAGACCGGCACGGUAGAACAUCCUUAGAACGGCAGCGACAAACACAAGAAUGGCUUGGCUCGACAGAAAGGCAGAACAUGCAGACAUUUGGAUCUGAAGAAAUACUAAUGCCGUACAGUAAACCUAACUUCCCAUCUCCAGGAGGGCACAGCUCUUUAGGAACAGUCUCUUCAAAAGAAUCAACUGGACCCAGAAAAGGGGAGGUUUUGAGAGGUCACCAACGUAAUGCCAUUGACUUUCUUGAUGUAGGAUAUUUGGGGUCAAACAGUCAAGGACAGUUUACAGGUGAAUUAUAGUACUGAAAGGAUACAUCACAAGCUGCUCUAAAGCCCAACUGGCCUGGACUGAUGAUCGUGAUGACAUGGAGCUAAAACCCAGUGCAAUGAACACUUUCGUUAUUUAUGUACUAUUGGAAGGACUGUAAAUGCAAUGUAUAGACACAAAGUCACACAUAUCCCCACAAAUAUUUUGCCUUUCUGUUUUUUGAAUACACCAUCCAACCUUAACUAUUUCUUGCCAGGAAUACACAAAAGAAGAAAAAAGAAAUCACACCAAGGAUAAAAGAAUUUUGCUUUGUAUAUAAUUUCGUUUGCUGCAUUGCUAUGCAAGCUUGCCAUAUUUUAGCUCCGUUCAGUCGUCUGUUCUUAUUGUACUAUUGUACUAUACUGUAUGUGAAUUAAUAGGCUGUGGCGCCAUAUAAAAACUUUUUUUGUUUAAACUGUGUAACAUUCAUGUUUUCCAUUUUUGCACUGCAAAUUUUUUUUUAUUUUUUUUGACGAUAAGCACAAAACUUUACUCCUUGUGACAUGAAGAAAAGAGACUGUGAAGGGAGUUUCUGUAUUGUACAGUAGCACUGCCUCCAGGCAGCCAAGUAAAACGCCAUGAGAUGGAGUUCCACUUUAAAUGAAGGGGGGGUGGGGAAAAAGCAUAACAAUUGAGAAUUGUUUUGAAGAGCAAGGAAAUAUAAUAAGCAAUAUGUCAUUUUUGCUUUGAAUAUGGUGAAAAUCAUUGUCAUUUUAACUAAAAUGAAAAGCUGUAUGAAUACAUGUGAUCACAUGCUGGUGUGUAUCUUCAUCUUUUGUAUGUGUAGAUAUGGAUGGAGCACACUUUAAUAAUGCAUCUGACUUAUACAGCAAGCUCCCCAUUCAUUUUUGUAAAAAGAGGGGUGUCUGUGUUCAAAAUGCAUCAAUAAAGCCUGCUCCUGCUUUGUAUAUAUGCAUACACAAAGCAUUUUCAUGCCGUCACAUUGGUAAUUCGUUUCCAAGUUGUUUAAUGCAAAUAUUGAUUAAAUUAAUUACCAUUUUUACCACAAUAAUAAAGUAAAUUAUUAAAAACACUA